AUGCCAUCUGCAAUUGUUACUGGUGCAACCGGUAUCACUGGCAGUGCCAUUGUGCACCACCUAUGUAAUGACUCGCGGUAUGACAAGAUUUACUCACUGUCCCGAAGCAACCGCGGCUAUGAAAACUCCAAGAUCCAGCACGCCACUCUAGAUCUCCAAGCGUCUCCCAAGGAGAUGGCUAAUAGUCUGAAAGAUGUCUCUGCGGACUACGUCUAUUUCUGCGCUUACCUGGCUCGAGAUGACCCAGCCGAGUCGUCACGUGUGAACGGGAUGAUGCUGUCGAAUUUUCUUCAAGCACUGGAAAUCACAGGUGCUAUCAAGAAGCUGAAGCGUUUCAUUCUGACAUGCGGCUUCAAACAAUAUGGAGUCGACCUAGGCCAUUGUAAGCAGCCGCUCCAGGAGGAUGACCCUCUCCUGGUGGAUAACCGUGGUGGCGUCUCCUGGCCGCCCAUCUUCUACUACGAACAGGAGCGGGUCCUUAAGGAUGCGGCCACCCGCGGGACGUGGGAAUGGAUUGUGACUCUCCCACAGGACGUCUUGGGCUACGCACGAGACAACUUCAUGAAUGAAGCUAGUGCGCUGGGUCUAUAUUGCGCUGUCAGCAAGGCACUUCCAGGGUCCGAGCUUCCAUUCCCUGGCGGUAAAGCCAAUUACUUCGCUUUCAACUGCUGGACCUCAGCAAACCUACACGCCAAAUUUUGUCUCUGGGCAGCGACGGCCCCCAACGCCGGGAAUAACAUCUUCAACGUGAUAAACGGGGAUACGGAGUCAUUUCAGAAUUUGUGGCCUCGGCUUGCUGCACGCUUUGGCUGUAAGAUUCCCAAACCGAUGUUUCCGCACGGUGGUACCCCGGACAGCCAAGGUUUCGGUCAAUAUGAGGCGAGCACUGUGCGAAAGGAAAGCCAGCAUCCGCUUACGGUGCACGCAGACAAGAUUGGAGUCUCGGCUGAAGGUAAGCCCACUCUAUUUCUCCAGGUUGAUCCCGAGAAAUGGGCGAAGCGCAAGGAUGUGAACGAGGCGUGGGGUAAAUUGCGCAAUACGUACAAUCUCGAUCAAAAAGCGUGGGAAAGUGCUACAUGGGACUUUUUAACCUUUGUCCUGGGAAGGGACUGGAGCUGCGUUGGGACAAUGAGCAAAGCGCGUCGGUUAGGUUGGACCGGGUACGCCGAUACUUGGGAGGAGCUGGAGAAGACUUUCGACGUUCUUGAGCGCGAGGGUGUUUUGCCCCCGGUGGAAAAGCUGAGAAAGGAGUUUUAA